UGAGACCGUCAAAGUCAAAGGAGCCUGGAUCAGCUGUCAGCUGUCGAUAUCCUCCACAACAUCCAUUGAUAACACAACGGUAACGCGAGCACAGGACAGAGAAACGCCUCCUAUGAGGAUUGAAGUCAGAGGCGAAGCAGCUUCACACCGUUUUCAGGCAGCAUGAACUCGCUCCCAGGAAGAGCCGCUCUGUCUCUGUGCAGGCGCACGGCAGGCGGGAUGGGGGUCUUAGCCGGGUCCCCGGGUCACCCAGCCGGGGUCAUGCCGGCCUCUCUGCAGGCUGUGCGGGUCUGCCACUCCGAGACGACCCGCAAGGCCAGCGUCAGCACCAAGAAGAGGGGCUACGACAUCACCAGAAACCCACACCUCAACAAGGGAAUGGCGUUCACCCUGGAGGAGCGCCAGCAGCUGGGCAUCCACGGCCUGCUGCCGCCCUGCUUCCUCUCGCAGGAUGUGCAAGUGCUGCGCGUCAUGAAGAGCUAUGAGACACGCACCAACCCUCUGGACAAGUACAUCCUGCUGAUGACGCUGCAGGACAGGAACGAGAAGCUGUUCUACCGUUUGCUGACCUCUGACAUCGAGGAGUUCAUGCCCAUCGUUUACACUCCCACUGUCGGCCUCGCCUGCCAGCAGUACGGACUUGCCUUCAGGAGACCACGAGGACUCUUCAUCACCAUCCAUGAUAAAGGUCACAUCGCAACCAUGCUCAACUCCUGGCCUGAAGAAGACAUAAAGGCCAUUGUGGUGACAGAUGGGGAGCGUAUUCUGGGCCUGGGUGACCUGGGCGGCUACGGUAUGGGCAUUCCUGUCGGGAAACUGGCGCUCUACACAGCCUGCGGAGGCGUUCGGCCGCAGCAGUGCCUCCCUGUGCUACUGGACGUCGGCACUGACAACCAGACGCUGCUCGAUGACCCCCUGUACAUCGGACUGAAGCACAAGAGAAUCAGAGGAAAGGAGUAUGACGAGCUGGUCGAUGAGUUCAUGCAGGCCGUGACAGACAAGUACGGGAUGAACUGUCUGAUACAGUUUGAGGAUUUCGCCAACAGCAACGCUUUCCGCAUCCUCAACAAAUACAGGAAUCGAUACUGCACCUUCAACGACGACAUCCAGGGCACGGCGUCUGUAGCUGUCGCCGGGAUCUUAGCUGCUCUGAAGAUCACCAAGAACACACUGUUGGAUCACACCGUGGUGUUCCAGGGGGCGGGCGAGGCUGCUCUGGGUAUCGCUCACCUGCUGAUGAUGGCGAUGGCUAAAGAGGGAGUGAGUAGAGAAGAAGCUGCAAAGAGGAUCUGGAUGGUGGAUUCAAAAGGUCUCAUCGUGAAGGGAAGAGGCCACCUGAACCACGAGAAGGAGGAGUUCGCUCACGAUCACCCGCAUGUGAAGACGCUGGAGGAGGUGGUGGAAACGCUAAAACCCACAGCCAUCAUAGGAGUGGCCGCCAUCCCAGGAGCCUUUACUGAGAAGAUUAUCAAAAACAUGGCGACAAACAAUGAGAGGCCGAUCAUCUUCGCUCUGAGUAAUCCCACCAGCAAGGCAGAGUGCACAGCAGAGCAGUGCUACCAGCUCACAGAGGGCCGCGGUAUCUUUGCCAGUGGAAGUCCGUUCAACAAGGUGACGCUGGCUGACGGGCGCACCUUCUUCCCCGGACAGGGAAACAACGCCUACGUCUUCCCCGGAGUCGCUUUGGGUGUCAUCGCGUGUGGAGUGCGCCACAUAUCUGACGACAUCUUCCUCACCACAGCAGAGGCGAUAGCUGACAUGGUGACAGAGGAGCACCUGGCUGAGGGAAGACUCUAUCCUCCUCUCAACACCAUCAGGGAGGUUUCCUUCAAGAUCGCAGUGAAGAUUGUCAACUACGCAUACAAACACAACAUCGCUUCGUUGUACCCUGAGCCUAAAGACAAGGAGGCGUUCGUGCUGUCUCAUGUCUACAGUCCAGAUUACGACUCCUUCACUCUGGACACGUACAGCUGGCCGCAGGACGCCAUGAACGUCCAGGACGUGUGAUUUUGACUCUCUCUAAACUCGAUAUGCUGCCGUGAUGUCACGUAAAAUUUCUGCAUUGCCUCCGUACAGAAGCGUUGCCAAUGAUUCUCGCCUUUUAGUUUUGUUUUUUUUCCAUUUAUAAAUGUUAUUUAGUCUGCUUCCUCUUAAUUAGAUGCCGAACAAGCAGUCUGUUAUUCUCUAUGGCUUCUUUAGUGUUUAAAUGUCAAGUAGGAGUUGUAUUUUCCGUUUUCAUUGCUGUACUUUGUGUUUUAUCAGUUCUCUGUACCUGAUUGAAGGUCUGACUGGGUGAAAUAUUUCAAACACGCACACAAACAGCAUAUCAAGAGAUAAGAUAAGAUGAGAUAAAAUAUUUUUUUUUAAUCCAGAAGGAAAUUCUGGUUCCAGGUUGCUUCAAAGCCUCCAAGAUAUCAUAAGCAUGACAUCUACAACUUUUCAACUUUAAACUGAACCCCUUUCAAUCGAUUUUUCCAGCUAAGAUAGUUUGCAUUUUUCGUUUUUGAGACAUGACUCAGAGCUAAUGCAUAAAAUGAGAGAGCAAUGUCUCACAGUCACGCACAAUGCUUCUCUUGUCUUGACACAAAUGAACAAAGGAUUCAUUUUUAAGCUUAAAAAAAGAUAGAAACUCUCAGUGCCUCUUCCUGUGUGAUCUCAGGACAUCACUGCUCCAGCCACAUCUGGCUCAUCCCUGCAGCUGCUUCUAUAUAUUUUACACUCCUAUCUUCUUGCACAAGUUUUAACCCAAACACAACUAAAAGCACUCCACAAUCAGCCUGUAUUUCUGUUUCUGUCUCUGCCUCCCUGUGAGAUCAAGUUGGUCUUGAUGGGAGACGCUUCUUUUUUCUUGAAUGUGUUCAGAGGAGGCAUUGUUGGGGAUUUAAGUGUCACCAUCAGGAUGUUUUUUGUAUACCUUGGUGUGUUUUUCUUUAGUUCUGUACAGAGCUCUCUGUCUGUUGUGGUGUUUUUGCCAAAGUUGAUGAUGAACUGUAUCUAUAUUAUCUUUUACUCCUAGAGAACAUGAUGCUCUGCAAGCUUUAGUACUGACAUGAUGUUUUUAAAGGGAACAUGAAACUUUUGAAAUAAAAUUGUCAACAAAAUAUGA